ACAUUGAAUUGAAUCCUGCUUCAUCUUCUCUUCUUCAGGUUUUUAGGUCCUGCUGCAGAUGAAGCCUGUCAGUAUGUGACUGGAAUUGUGGGUAAAAACCCGUUACUCCUGAGAGAGCUGAAUCUGAGUGAACAUGAACUAGGAGACACACGAGUGAAUCAGAUCGCUGCUCUACUGCAGGAUAAACACUGUCAACUCAACACACUGAUUCUGAAUAACUGCUGUAUCACAGAAGGAGGUUGUCAUGUUCUGGCUGCAGCUCUAAACUCAAACCCUUCAAAUCUGACAGAGCUGGAUCUGAGUGAGAAUAAACUAGGAAACCCAGGAAUGAAGAUCAUCUUGACUCUGUUUGAAAAUGUACAGUGUAGACUGGAAAAGCUGAAGUUAAACUGCAUCAGUAUUACAGAUGAAGGUUGUGCUGCUCUGGCAUCAGCGUUUAAUUCAAACCUCAGAGAGCUGGAUCUGAGCAGGAAUCAAAUAAGAGACUCUGGAGUGACAGAAAUCUCCAGUCUGCUGAGAAAUUCACAGACACUACAGAUACUCAGACUUUCAGACUGCAGUAUCACUGAAGAAGGUUAUAAAGCUCUGUCUUCAGCUCUGAGAUCAAACCCUUCACACCUGAUAGAGCUGGAUCUCACAGGGAAUGAUCCUGGACAAUCAGGAGUGAAGCAGCUCAGUGAUUUACUGCAGGAUCCAAACUGUCAACUGAAGACACUGAGGUUUUUAGGUCCUGCUGCAGAUGAAGCCUGUCAGUAUGUGACUGGAAUUGUGGGUAAAAACCCGUUACUCCUGAGAGAGCUGAAUCUGAGUGAACAUGAACUAGGAGACACACGAGUGAAUCAGAUCGCUGCUCUACUGCAGGAUAAACACUGUCAACUCAACACACUGAUUCUGUAUGGAUGCAGUAUUACAGAGAAACAGUGUCUCAUCCUGACUUCAGCUCUGAAAUCAAACCCAUCACACCUGAGAGAGCUGAGCCUCAGUGGGAAUCAAAUAAAAAACACAGGAGUGAAUCACUUAUGUGACGUACUGAAGGAUUCACGCUGUAAACUGGAGAGAUUGAGGUUAAGUGAAUGUGAAAUGACAGAUGAAGGUUGUUCUGCUGUGACUUCAGCUCUGAAAUCAAACCCAUCACACCUGAGAGAACUGAAGCUGAGCAGGAAUAAACUCGGAGACUCUGGAGUGAAACACCUCAGUGAUCUACUGAUGAACACACAAUGCAAGCUGGAGAAACUAGAUCUGUAUGGAUGCAGUAUUACAGAGAAACAGUGUCUCAUCCUGACUUCAGCUCUGAAAUCAAACCCAUCACACCUGAGAGAACUGAAGCUGAGCUGGAAUCAAAUAAAAAACACAGGAGUGAAUCACUUAUGUGACGUACUGAAGGAUUCACGCUGUAAACUGGAGAGAUUGAGUCUUUAUGACUGUGGCAUUACAGAUGUUUCUUCUUUAACUCAGUCUUUGAGAAACACAAAAGCUCUGCAGUUUCUAAAAGAGCUUGAUCUGAGAUGUAAUAUGAUUGGAGACUCAAAGCAGCAGCUCAUUGAUGUGCUACGAGACUCAAACUGUAAACUGAGUGUAGAUACACAUCCAUCACCAGAAGUCCCUGAUAGAGAUCCAUCACCAGAAGAUGAUAAAUGCUGUAUAUCAUAGUUUGAAGUCGUCUUGAGAGGAGCAGUAAACAUCAGGUGAAGAUCCACAGAAGAGCUGCACUACUGCGUCUAUGAGGAGAAAUAAAUGUGUGAUAAAUGUGUAAAUGUGAUCCAUACACGUGAAGAGACUCAGACUUUACAAUGAAAUAAUGCAGCAUGUGUGUUAGAAACAUGAUAUUGAAUGAUUAAUGUUGCUUUAGUAUUCAAACUAAUGAUCAUUUUGUUUAAUUUAAAGCUGGAACAGAGGAAGAAGCUCAGAUGAGUCUGUCUGGCUCUUCAG